AUGUACACUGAAAAGGAAUCAAUAUACUAUGAUUGUGAAAACAGAACUUAUAAAUGAUAUACCUACGAAACGUUUAGAAUCAACAGAACUAUAAACAAGAGUGAUCUUUUUAUGGGAGAAUAUUCAAGAAUAGCUUGAAUAGGGAAUAAGCAGAACAGAAUAUAGUGGUGUCACACUGUUGUGUACUGUACUGCUACGCCAUUCUGCAGGUUCAUUCGAUUUAAAUCCUUUCGUGCAGAGCGAAUCUGCAGUUUAAGGUUAUUCUGUGUCAAUUGUGAGAAAUUUACUUUAUCCCACGGUGAAAGGCGGAGGAUACGUUGUAUUUCAGCAAUGAGCGAGGACACGGACCGACUGAGUAAAUACGUGAAGCACUCGUUGAAAACAAUACCGAAGUCGAAUGUGUUGGAGUGUCGCGUUUGCGAGGAGGUCUUCACGGUAGAUGGUGUGAAGGUACCUCGCUUGCUGCACUGCGGACACACAGUGUGUCACUCCUGCCUGCUACGACUGAGAACUUGCAUGUCGGACCAACAGUUUCUCCUGUGUCCCUUUGAUAGACAGCCUACGAGCAUUCGUGAGAAUAGCGUGUAUGGUUUGAAGAAGAACUUUGCACUCAUCGAAUUGCUCGAAAGGCUUGAACAGUCCAACAGUGAGAAGACCUUGGUAUUGGAACGCGAGAGGCUUCAAUCUAAUCAAUUAUGCGACGAGGACGAGGCACAUACCGCGGUUCUAUAUUGCACGGUCUGUGCGACACAUCUGUGCGAAGCAUGUGACACAGCCACACACUCGUCCAAGACAUUAGGCAAACAUAGACGCGUGCCGCUGUCGGAGAAGCCUCGUGAGAAACCUCGGUGCCCGAUACAUACGGCGCACGUCGCCGAGUUUACAUGCACCCAAGAAGGCUGUCACAACUCCUUGAUGUGCUACUUGUGUAAAGAAUACGGCAAGCACAGCACGCACAAGCCAGCAUUGGUGGAGGAGGAAGCUGAAAACAUCAGGAAAUCUAUUAUUGCGGCGUUACAAAAGAUGACACAGUUUAUGGAAAGCAUGAGAGACACAGCGCAUAGAAUAGAAAUAGUAAUUGAGGAAUUAGAGGGUUGGGCGAUUGAAGACGCGAGGAGGAGGGUGCGUUAUCAUUUUGAGGAGUUGCGCGCCGUUUUGGCCGAGCAAGAGAAGACUGCGAUGACAUACGUCGAGACGGAGACCCGCGGCAGGCUGUGCGCGUUGAGGCAGCAACAGAAGGAUCUCACGACCACAAGGUCGCAAGUGGCUGGUGUAUGCAUUCAGUGCGAAGGCAUACUUGACUCGGAGGAUUGGAAGUUACUCAGCAGCUCGGAGAAAGUCAAGGAAGUGUUGGCGACUCUGGAGCAACAGCAGCAGCAUUAUGCGCAACUGGGUCCGGACUUUCUCAGCCCUGAGUCCUCUAUACCCAUCAUCUUCAGCAGGGAUAACAGGAUACAUAUUGGGACCAAGAUCGACAUGCGCGUGGUGAUCUUAGGAUUAGACGGAGCGGGAAAGACGAGCAUUUUAUCCGCAAUGCGAGGUGUUACACUAUCGGGCCCACCGAUCCCUACUAUCGGCUUUAACGUCGAGAGCUUGGAGUAUCAGAAUCUUGUAUUCACCCUUUGGGACGUCAGUGGGCAACAGAAAUUUAGACCGCUGUGGAAACACUAUUAUCACAAUACGCAAGCCGUUAUUUUCGUAGUGGAUGCUACCGACAGGUCUCGGUUUGAAGAAGCGCAGAAUGAAUUAUCCAAAAUACUUUACGAACGAGAGCUGAAGGAUGCUCUCUUUUUGAUCUAUGCUAACAAACAGGAUGUCGCAGGUUGUGCGAGCGUCGAAGAACUUACCGAUAUUCUCGGUUUGCAUAAACUUUGUUGUGCGAGAGCUUGGCAUAUUCAGGGCUCGUCGAUGGUUACCAAUGCCAGUGGUACAUUGCAGGGGCUCGACUGGCUUACGCAACAACUCGGUACUCAAUGGACCGAGUGUGUAUAGAGCGUUUCUCUUCUUUUUAUACCUAGCUUAAAAGCUAUUUAUGCUGGAAUAUCAAGUCAAAAAGAAAAGACGUUUCACUGAUUUUAUAGCACAGAUUUUAUGAGAAGUGAGACGUAGAUUGAAGUUAGGCAAAUAAAAGUCGCAUAACUACACAGACCGGCAUUAUGAUUUUAACGCGUUAUGUAUAACACACGUAUAACUUGUAAAUUAUACGGUUCACAUGUAUAACUUGUAACUCAUAAUUUAUAAUCCCUUCUUUCUAAACGCGCGCGGUUUACAUUUCAAAAAGAAUUAUUCAUCAUAACGAUAUCUUAUAGAUCAAAGUCAUCUCGUCAUGCUUGUACAGAUCUGGGUUGGGCAUUUGAGGAUCCUCCUUGUUGAUGAGUACUUUCAUUGAAACAUUGCGUGAAUAGAAUACAUAUCUAGACGUAAAAGUAUAAUUUAUAACUUCAUGCAUUAAGACUACUAUGCUGGUCUGUGUAGUACGUUAUUUCCUUUCUCUACUCAUAAAUUCAAAUUUAUACUUUUUUUUAUCCACUCUAUGAGCAUGAAGAAUCUCGACGUAACUUUAUGAAUCUAUUAUAUCGCCAUGGUAUUUGAUUACCCCGUUGAGACAUGUUACGCAAAAAGAAAAGAAACUCAUUGUGUCACGGAACGGUUAAUUUAUUCGAAAAGGAAAAUGACUUCGAUUUAUUUUCCGAUAUAAAAGCGUAACUACAAGACAAGCUAUAUUCAAACGCGAUACAUUAAUAGCGUAAACUCGCAUAUAUAUAUAUAUACACACACGAUUGGAAGCGAUAUGCACAGUGAAGUUAAAUUCUAUGACUACGAGUAACAGAAAAUGGGUUAUUAGUGGAUUAAAUUCCGCUCUCAAAAAUUAUCCAAACGCUUGGGCACAUCUAGAAAAGUCUUAUUUAUUUUAUUAUAUGGUUAUUGGUUACCUCUGAUACAUGCUCAUACCAAUUGUUAUCAUUCAGUCACUUGCACAC